AUGUUCCCGUCCGUGAGCACUGUCAAAUGCGCCGUACCUAACAGCAUCAGUGGCGCGGGCCUCCAUCAUCACUGCCCGUCGUCAGCAGCAAAGCACGAGCACCAGCAGCAGCGCGCCCAACACACACACACAUACACGGGCGAUCAAUCAGCCUUCCAAUUCUCGUCCCUCAGCCCCAUCAAUUCAUACAUAUGUCAUUAUCCGCUCUGCCCGCGCACACAAGCAGGCACGCGCCACACGCAGAUCUACACUGCCACCUCUGUCUGCACACACCUUCCCGCUUGUUCGUCAGUGCCACGCCACACAGCCCCCAACAGGUUGGUGGCUCCCGUUCCCCGUCAGGCCAGGUACCCGACCCGGUAA